AUGCAGACCUCACUUCUUCACGAGCUAGUUGUUGGAACUCCAAUCAUAUAUGACCAGUUUCAAAAACCUAAUAACAGAUACUUGCUUGAUUCUGCCUCUUAUCAAUGUCAAUAUCCAUCCAAACAUCAAAGCAAAAGUAGAGCAAAUUCUAACCAGAAAAAGCGCAGCUGGAAGGCCGAUAGUAAUUCUGAAAUUACAGCGAGACUUGGGACAAACAUAUCUGAAACUAUAAAGAGAAAGUUAAGCUUAGGGGCUCGAAUUCUUCAAGUGGGUGGAGUGGAUAAAGUGUUCAUGAAGUAUUUUAGUGUGAUCGAGGGGGAGAGGCUACUGAAAGUUUGCCAUUGUUAUCUGUCCACCACAUCUGGCCCUCUAGCUGGUCUCCUCUUUAUCUCCACUGAAAAGGUUGCCUUUUGCAGUGAGAGAUCCAUAAAGGUCUUUAAUCAGAAAGGUCAAAUGUGCAGGAUCCGCUAUAAGGUUUCGAUUCCAGUGAAGAAGAUAAAGUGUGUGAGACAAAGUGAAAAUGUUGAGAAGGCAAGAGAGAAGUACAUAAAUAUAGUUACAGUUGACAAUUUUGAUUUCUGGCUUAUGGGUGUAUCAAAAUAUUACAAGACUUAUAAAUAUCUCGAACAGGCAACUUCUCAAGCAAUGAUAUACAGCCAGCAAUGA